AUUCACAACAGGCUACGAGCUUAAAUUCAACACAGUCACCAAUUCGUAAAGAGACUACAGCUUACAAACAUAUUGGUGCAGUUACAAACAACGAAAUUUUCUUAUUAUACAAGGAACACAAGCCAACAAUAAUGGCUUUCUCCAAGCAGAGAUUACAAGCUCACUCUUCUGCUAAUUAUCGGUCCACCCAAAGCAGCCGAUCCAGCCCAGGUAGCCAAGGUAGUGAUAAGAGCCAUGGUAGCAAAGAAACGCAAGAUAAUGUGCUCGGUCAGAACGAGGAAGUCAGCCCGACCACCCAAAAGUCAUCCAGCAGCAUUAUAAGUGACUUUGCACAUCUUCGCCCACGCGGCGGUCUUCGGGGAAAAUCCUACUGGCGCGACGUCAUUGACGAAGUGGAGUUUGCAGUUCGCUGCGUAUCGCAGCCACGAUUGCCAAUAAUCGACUACUCACUAGUCCUACCUCCACACCUACGCGAGCGCGUAAAGCAGAUACAGACCUACGACUAUUCCACAUCAGACGACGUUGUUUUUAUUCGAGAUGAGAUGCGUGAGGAGCGGCCGCAUGAUUAUCAGAUUGCUAGUGAACAGGACAGCCGAGAAGAGGGACAGGAGGGGGCUGCUCUUCUAACGGAUCGAAAGAAAUUAGAAGAACAUUUUAGUGAAAGCCAACACUCAGAUAUAGUGCGCAUGGAUCAUGAAUUUGAGAAGUUUGAUCUUAGGUUAGAUGAGCCAGUUGGUCACACACAUCGCAGUGUCGACAAAACUAGCUGGUAUGCGAAGUUUCUGUGCGCUUCCCGCGACGAACGCGUUUCCUGGGACUCGCGAGUGGAGCGAUCCAAGGCGGGUGAUUCGGCGUACACGCUUGACGAGCAAGCGGAGAAUCUCAUGGACGCGUCAGCUGAGCGCUUUAUUCACUGGCUCAAUUCUAUCGGUUCAAUGGAUACGUCUAUGACACCAGAGAAGGUUAAGAACUUAUUUUCCAUCAAAGGUGAUCGAACGCUUCUUGCAUCAGUUAAGACAGACCCAAAGGAAGUCAACGCCAUAGCGCAAACAGUUGCCGACAAAUGGAAUAAACCCCAUAUGGCAAUUGAGCUCAAGUAUGAAAAACACAUCAACGACCAUGCAAUGCGUGUGACCCACAAGCCGCUUCUUAGCGCCUUUGGUCGAACUGUACCUCUUAAGGAACGACCUUGGAUAAAGCGCUCUGGUGAUAAGGUCAUCGAAACAGUUUACCCGAACGAUCUGCUUACCCGCGAGAAAAUAUUUAAAGGCAUUACUCACCUGCGUAGCACUACAGCGCUUAUUGAUUUUUACUUAAACAAUCCAAAAUUGGCCCGACCUCUAUAUUUACUCCAAGGUGGUGACUUCCAGGAAAUGAACACAAGCGAAUCGGUCAUGGAAAUACCCCUUUAUGAAUAUCUAGGUUUACGCUAUUAGCAGGGAAUAAGCCGAUCAUUUUCAUUAGAUUUAUGCAUAUUUGAGCGUUAUACAAAAUCAGUUAAAAUCAUAUAAAUUAAUAGUUUUGUGUUAGUUAAAAAAUAUAUUUAAAUCAUAUCAAUACAUGCGCACACAAUUUAGAA